AUGGUGCGUGAACAACAACCUGCCCGCAGCCCGCUUGCGCCAGCUAUGGGUAACUCGCAACCUUCUCCAGAUCCUCAGAACAUGGAAAAGGGCCUUAGCGCCGACGAAUCUUCCGCUCCGCAGCCUCUGUAUCCAAAUCUCCAAAGUGCCUUACCAGAGCAGCCUCAAUUUGGGAGGCCAUCAAUGCCAGGCGCGUCGGCGCAGCCAUAUGCAAGAACACAGCCGCUCAUGCGACCAGGCAUGAGUGCUAACACAUCAGCUCCUCGCCAAGUCAGCGGGAGUCAACCACAAGACAAAUAUUCCAGCCUUUUUGUGUCAUCGAAGAGACCUUCCCAAAGACCAGAGUUGCACAAACCUCAUGCUACAGCGAAUCCUCUACAAAUGCUUAAAGACAAUGGGUCGCACGUUGGACCGCCUCCUAGACCCACCUCCUCUCGACCGCCUUAUCAAGAAGAUGAUUUCUAUGAGAUCCCCAAGCCAGCGAACUUCCCUACAUGGAAGCCGACACCUUUCGUUCCUCCCACCUUUUCGUCACAACAGCCUCCAAACCCUUAUGUUCGACCAAAAACGGUGGACCUAACCCAGGACAGCUCCAUGCUGACUCGUUCAUCGUACCCUUCAAACAACUCGAUCUUCAGAGAGCAGAGAUACGAAACGGGCGAUCCAUACACAUACAUGAACUCUGCCCAGGCCAAUGAAAGCAUCAAGGCUUUACUUGAAGGUGCAUUUGAAGACGAAGAGGACAAGCCAAGGACGAGACAGAGAAAGAAGCAGCUGGACCAGAAGGUUGAGGAUUUAGCAGACAAGAUCAAAGACAUGUCAGUCAAGAGUGGAGACAGAAGCGAAUCUGCUCAAGAAGAGGAGGAAGAAGAAGAUGAUGAUGAUGAUGGUGCCAUUCCUGGGUUGAAGGUCAAGCUCUUACCACAUCAAAUUGAAGGUGUUGAUUGGAUGGUCAGCAAAGAAAUCGGCAAGAACAAGACAUACGGUGGUAUCCUCGCCGACGAUAUGGGUUUAGGAAAGACAAUACAAUCGAUCGCUCUCGUCCUGAGUAACCCAAAGCCUAGUGCUGAAGAGCUGGAGAAGAGCAAGAGCAAGCGAAAGUUGCCCGAAGGUGUCACAAAGGGCACACUUGUGGUAGCCCCGUUGGCAUUAAUUAGACAGUGGGAAGGCGAGCUCAAGGAUCGCAUCGACGAAGACCAUGCUCUCACAAUCUGUGUCCAUCACGGGCCUCAAAGAACCAAAAGCUACAAGGACCUGAAGAAGUAUGACGUCGUCAUCACAACCUACCAAACGCUGUCAUCAGAACAUGGUGGAUGUUCAGAAUCCCUGAAAGUAGGAUGCUUCGGCGUUCGCUGGUACAGGAUCAUUCUGGAUGAGGCCCACUCGAUCAAGAACCGCAACGCAAAGGCUUCCAAGGCUGCUUGUGCUCUUGAUGCUGCAUACCGCUGGUGUUUGACUGGAACGCCGAUGCAGAAUGGCCUGGACGAGCUCCAAAGCCUCAUUCACUUUCUCCGUAUCAAGCCCUAUUGUGAUCUGACCGAAUGGCGCGAGAAUAUCACCAAACCCAUGAAUAAUGGAAAGGGGGGUCUUGCAGUUAAGAGAUUGAGACUCAUCCUGAAGAGCUUCAUGAAGCGAAGAACGAAGGAUAUACUCAAACAAGAACACGCCAACGAAGGUGGUAAAGGAGAUGCCACUGAAGGAGGGAAAGGCCCCGGGUUUAAGAUCGUGGGACGAACCGUGGAGAACAUCGAAGCCGACUUUACAGAUCAAGAGCGAGAGUUCUAUGACCGCCUGGAAUCAAGAACAGAUCGAAGUCUCGAGAUGAUGAUGGCCGGGAACAAGAUGAGUUACGCUUCGGCAUUGGUUCUCCUCAUGCGACUUCGACAAGCGUGCAAUCACCCGAAGCUUACCGGAAGCGACCUGAGUACAGAGACCGAUGCCUCAAGUGGUCAUCAGACACCAAGUCGCAGGAAAGCUAAUGCGGAAGAUGACAUGGAUAGUAUUGCAAACAUGCUUGGUGGCCUUAGGGUGGAAACCAAGAGAUGCGAUAUGUGUCAGAUUGAGUUGACUGCGAGAGAGAGUUCCCAAGGCGCGAUUCGAUGUGUUGAAUGUCAGGAGGAUUUAGAUAAAGAAACGGAUCAGGUGAAAGAGAUCAAGAAGGCAAAGAAGGACAAGCGACGAAAGCAAGAGCAGAAGACCGUCAAAAUCCAACGCAAACAAGCGAGGCGUGUAGUGGAGGACAGUGACGAGGAGGACGACGAAGACGCCUCCACCUCUGCUGAAGAAGACGAAGACGACGAAUACUCCUCGUCCGAUGACUCUAGCUCUUCACAGCCCACACUCCUCCAAUCCACGAAAAUCCGCCACCUCCUCUCCAUUCUCCACGAGGACUCCCACACACACAAAUACAUAGUCUUCUCCUUCUUCACGUCCAUGCUCGAUCUAAUCGAGCCGUUUCUCCGCUCCCACCGUUUCCGCUUCGCCCGGUACGACGGCAAAAUGCGUAACGACGCGCGGGAAGCGUCCCUCAAUGCCCUCCGCACAGACCCUUCCACACGCGUCCUCCUUUGUUCCCUGCGCGCGGGAAGCUUAGGGUUGAAUUUGACCGCCGCAUCGCGAGUGGUGAUUCUAGAGCCAUUCUGGAAUCCUUUCGUGGAAGAACAGGCGAUUGAUCGUGUGCAUCGACUGAAUCAGACCCAAGACGUCAAAGUCUUCAAAAUCACCAUCAAGGGAACGGUGGAGGGACGGAUAUUAGAUUUGCAGGAGAAGAAGCGUGAGCUUGCAAAGGCGACCAUCGAGGGCCAGGGCAAGAAAGGCGCAAUGAAGUUGAGCAUGCAGGAUAUGUUGAGGCUGUUUGGUCGGGAGGCCGAGUCAGAACAUCCCGUCGACGUGGAGGAAAUUGGCAUGGGCCGAGGAAGUUCAAGGGGGUUAUCGGAAGGGAGUCGGAAUAUACCUCCGGUAUCCAAUGCGCCCCUGGCUACGGGCGGAUACAGCAGUGGAAUUGGGGGGAGCACAAGCGAUCGACGCGAGAAAAUGCGCAUCAGCGAUGGGAAGAAGAAAUCGUGGAAGGAGCAUGAGGUCUAUGGGCGGAGGUGGUGA